AAACACACUCUCAAGCAUUUUCUUUCACAUUUACUCUCCGGAAAAAGUUAAGAAGACAGAGAUGGGCUCUGAGACCACUUUUAAGCUUCCAGCUAUAGAUUUCUCAAGCACAGAAUUAAAGCCAGGGAAUCCUUUGUGGGAGACGGUGAAAUCCCAAGUCAGGAAAGCAGCAGAGGAGUAUGGAUGCUUUGAGGCUUUGUUCCAAGACAUUUCUCAAGAGCUUCGAAAAGCGAUGGAUGGAGCAUUGGAAGAGAUUUUCGCAUUACCCUUGGAAAUAAAGAAGCUUAAUGUUUCUGAUAGACCUUUCCACGGUUAUAUCGGAUCAUCUUCGCCAUUGUCACUAUAUGAAAGCAUUGGCUUUGAUGAUCCUGACAACUUUCACAAGGUCGAAAGCUUCACCAACAUCAUGUGGCCUCAAGGAAACAUAAAUUUCAGCACAACUGUACAUUCCUUCUCAAAAACAUUAACUGAGUUAGAUCAAAUGAUAAGAAAGAUGAUUGUGGAGAGCUUUGGAAUGGAAAAAUAUUUGGAUGAGCACAUGAACUCCGCUUACAAUAUCUUCAGGGUCACAAAAUAUGCAGCACCAGAAACUACAGAUAAAAAAACAGGGCUAAGGGCUCACACAGAUAAGAACACGACUAGUAUAUUGUACCAAAAUCAGAUUGAUGGAUUAGAGAUACAAACUAAAGAUGGUGAAUGGAUCAAUGUCGAAUUCUCACCUUACUCUUUCAUAGUCAUAAUUGGUGAAUCUCUCAAUGCAUGGACAAACGGUCGAUUGCAUAGUCCAUGCCAUCGAGUUAUGAUGUCUGGAAGCAAGACAAGGUACUCCGCUGUAUUGUUUACAGUACCCAAAGAAGGCUACGUGAUAAAAGCUGUAGAAGAGCUAGUGGAUGAUGAACACCCUUUGCAGUUUAAGCCUUUUGAAUACCUUGAGUACCUUAAACUACGCUAUGCAGAAGUUGGUAAAAACUUUGAAUCGCCUUUAAAGGCUUAUUUUGGUGCUUGACCUGAUCAUUUCAGAUUUUAUUCAGCAAUUUGUGUUCUGUGCACAUGUAUCCCUGCUUAUAAUUGGAGUGUUCUGUCCAAUAAUCCAAGUUUUUUUGUGAUGUGGGUGUGGAAAUAACUAUGAUGCAACUUCCCUUUUGGAACAUCAAAAUGGAAUGCCUUAUUGACGAUUUAUUAUUGCAGUAAUCACAAGUGUUACUUGA